GGGCCAGAGGGGCGGGGGCAGACCUGGGGGCGGGGCCCCGGAGCCCCAGAACAACAGUCUCUUCGCCGCGCACACAGCCCCACAUCGCGCUCCGGCUCCUCGGUGUCCGGCCCCCGGGCUACCUCAGACUCUCGCCCCGACCCCCGACCCCCGACCCCAAGAGCCCCCGGCGUGGCGCGGACCGAGGCAGACAGCCGGGCAGAAGCGGGAGCCUGCGGGGCCUGCGGGGUCUGAACAUGUCCUACCAAGGCAAGAAGAGCAUCCCCCGGAUCAUGAGUGACCGACUGCUGAUCAAAGGUGGGAAGAUAGUCAACGAUGACCAGUCAUUCUAUGCUGACGUAUAUUUGGAAGAUGGCUUGAUAAAACAAAUUGGAGAAAACCUCGUUGUUCCUGGUGGCAUCAAGAUCAUCGAUGCCUACGGUCUGAUGGUGCUGCCAGGCGGCAUAGACGUCCACACGCGGCUGCAGGUUUCUGUCAUGGGAAUGAGCUCUGCCGACGACUUCCACCAAGGCACCAGGGCGGCCUUAGCCGGAGGGACCACCAUGAUCUUGGACCACGUGCUGCCCGAGCCUGGCGUGAACCUGCUGGCGGCCUACGACCAGUGGCGGGAAGCCGCAGACAGCAAGGCGUGCUGCGAUUACUCCUUGCACGUUGACAUCACUCGCUGGCACGAGAGCCUCAAGGAGGAGCUGGAGGCCUUGGUGAAGGACAGAGGUGUGAACUCCUUCCAAGUGUUCAUGUCCUAUAAAGACAGAUACCAGUGCACGGACGGCCAGAUGUACGAGAUCUUCAGCAUUAUCCGCGAGCUGGGCGCCAUCGCACAAGUCCACGCUGAAAACGGAGAUAUCAUCGAGGAGGAGCAAAAGCGAUUGCUGGAACUCGGGAUCACUGGACCAGAGGGCCACGUGCUCAGCCACCCUGAGGAGGUGGAGGCAGAGGCUGUGUACCGGGCAAUCACUAUUGCCAAACAGGCCAACUGCCCCCUCUAUGUCACCAAAGUGAUGAGCAGAGGAGCAGCAGACACGAUAGCUCACGCUAGGCGCAAAGGGACCGUUGUGUACGGGGAGCCCCUCGCGGCCAGCCUGGGCACGGACGGCUCGCACUACUGGAGCAAGAACUGGGCCAAAGCUGCCGCCUUUGUCGCCUCGCCCCCGAUAAGCCCAGACCCGACGACGCCCGACCAUCUCUCCUCCCUGCUCGCCAGCGGGGACCUGCAGGCGGUGGGCAGCGCCCACUGCACCUUUACCACGGCGCAGAAAGCCGUGGGCAAGGAUAACUUCACGCUGAUCCCCGAGGGCACCAAUGGGAUCGAAGAGAGGAUGUCCAUCGUGUGGGAGAAAUGCGUGGCUUCGGGAAAGAUGGACGAGAACGACUUUGUGGCUGUGACCAGCACGAACGCGGCCAAGAUCUUCAAUCUCUACCCCCGGAAGGGCCGGGUGGCCGUGGGCUCCGAUGCAGACCUCGUCAUCUGGAACCCCAAGGCCACCACCGUCAUCUCCGCCAAGAGCCACCACCUGAACGUGGAAUACAACAUCUUCGAGGGCAGCGAGUGCCGCGGGGCCCCUGCAGUGGUCAUCAGCCAAGGCAGAGUCGUGCUGGAGGAUGGAAAUCUGUUUGUGAUGCCUGGCUCGGGGCGCCUCAUCCCCCGCAAAACCUUCCCCGACUUUGUCUACAAGAGGAUCAAAGCCAGAAACAGGCUGGCCGAGAUUCACGGGGUGCCACGGGGGCUCUACGACGGGCCCGUGCACGAUGGGAUUGUGACAGCCAAGUCGGCGGCCCCGGCGCCCGCUUCCAGAAUCGCCUCCUGCCCUGGCAAGAUCACUGUCCCCCCCAUCCGCAACCUGCACCAGUCCGGCUUCAGCUUGUCCGGCUCUCAAGCGGAUGACCACAUCGCCAGGAGGCCGGCCCAGAAGAUCAUGGCCCCUCCCGGAGGAAGGUCCAAUAUUACAUCUCUGUCCUAGGGCCGCCGGGCACGGGCAGGCCCCCUCCCCCUCCCCAGCCCCUUUGUCCCUACAGUAUGCCUUCCUUUCUGAGCAGCCGGGCCCGUGGGGCGCCCCCUCCCUGCCCGCCCGGGGCCCGCCCUUCUCCAGGAAGAGGCCCCUCGAGAUGGAGACCCCGGCCGGGGACCGAGUGUCCCAAAGGGCAUUCAAUGGAAUGGCCUUCCACUCCCUUCAGCAUUGACCAAGCAUCUGCCAUGGGCCGCCCCGGGCUGAGCACAGAGACACAAAGACAAAAAUGAAACACGCUUCACCCUUGGGCAGCCCCCCAGCUUGCCCCCUGCCAGGGAGGGGCACGAGAGGAGGCCCCGGCAAGCCCAGGCCCUGCCCAUCCCCAGGAGCCCCGUCAGCCCUGUCCCGGCGAGCUCCAGAGCCAUUAGAGUAGCCUUUAUCCGCCCGCGCGUGGCCCGCACCGCCCCCCAACGGCCGGAAACCCGGCGGGACCUCUGGGAACACUGGGCCCGCGUCCCCCCGGAAACGAUCCCACUAAUAAAGGUGCGUUGAACCUC